UGAAACCGACAACGGCUGGCGUAGCCUUUCUCAGUCACACACCAACCAUCAGGUGGAUUAUAACAGGCGUUCGUGCAGUUUCCACGUACGAAUUGGUCCUCAUUUACAAUUAGAAAAUGGUUGCGGAAAAGUAUAGCAAACUUGAACCCGAGCUGAAAGAAGAAUUACGCACGAUCGCCCAGCAGAUCGUGACACCUGGUAGGGGUAUCCUGGCCGCUGAUGAAUCGACUACAACGAUUGGCAAACGUUUUCAAGAUAUCAACGUCGAAAAUACUGAGGAAAAUCGCAGGGCUUACCGACAACUACUUUUCACUACAGCGAAAGAUGUCAUCGGACAGCAUAUUUCUGGAGUGAUCCUCUUCCACGAGACUCUCUAUCAAAAGGCCGAUGACGGUACGCCGUUCGUCGAGUUGCUGAAGCAACGCAACAUCAUCCCCGGUAUUAAAGUCGAUAAGGGCGUUGUUCCGCUUUUCGGCACGAAUAACGAAUGCACGACUCAGGGUCUCGACGACCUCCAGACGCGUUGUAUUCAGUACAAAAAGGAUGGAUGUCAUUUCGCUAAGUGGCGAUGUGUGUUGAAGAUCACGAAAGAUACCCCGAGCAAACUCGCCAUCAUAGAGAACGCCAACGUGUUGGCCCGUUAUGCUUCAAUCUGUCAAAGCGCCAGAAUCGUACCCAUCGUAGAGCCUGAAAUUCUUCCUGAUGGUGAUCAUGAUCUCGCCCGUUGUCAAGAAGUCACAGAAGAGGUUCUUGCGGCCGUUUACAAGGCACUCUCAGAUCACCACGUAUACCUCGAAGGAACGCUGCUAAAGCCUAACAUGGUGACGCCAGGUCAAAGCUAUUCAACGAGAGCGACUCCUCAGGAAAUCGGUGCUGCUACGGUGACAGCGCUGUUACGUACCGUGCCACCAGCAGUACCUGGCAUCACUUUUCUCAGCGGUGGUCAAUCUGAAGAAGAGGCAUCAGUCAAUCUUGAUGCCAUUAAUAAAUACCCGGCGAAGAAACCUUGGGCAUUAACUUUCAGUUAUGGACGUGCUCUUCAGGCUUCUGUACUUCGUGCUUGGCAAGGCAAGACCGACAAGGUCGCUGCCGGACAAGAGGAGUUGCUUAAGAGAGCUAAGGCUAACAGUGAGUCGGCACUUGGCAAAUACGCGGGUGGCGUGGCUGGUGCUGCGGGAGACACGACACUUUUCGUCGCUAAUCACGCGUAUUAGGUUGAUCCAUAAAGAUAUUCGAUGCACUAUUAGAAAUAUAAAAUUACGCAGUUAUUCAAAACACCUCGCAGGAUCAUCGUCAUCGUUCCUUCUUUUGAAGUCGCGAAAACAAAAAGGAUUCCUUUAAAGAUGAACGAAGCAUCUGAAGUUUCCAAGAAGAUUGAUCGUUCUUUUCUUGUUUUAACAUAAAUAUUCUUAAUUUAGCAAUUGUUUCUUACGAAUCGUAGAUUUUUAAUUGAGUUUUAACAAACAAAUUUAUGUUAA